UGUCCCCCCCGAGAGCGCUGGAGCCACGGAACCCGAGAGAAGGUGCGCUCCGCUGGGACAGAGAAGGCAUAAAGAGACGGGGAGGGAGGGAGGGAAUGAGAUUUCUUGCUACCCAAUCCCUCUUUUCCCCAGGGACAGCAAGCCUUCCCUGGUCCAUCCCUCCCUCUUGUUUGGUAAUCAUUUCAUUUUACUCCUUUUUGAAGCAGUCGUCCGUUUUAUCCCACUUUUCAUUUCACAAUCCCGUGCGCGUCUGUUCGCCUUCUUCUUCAGAGCAAGUUCCCGUUCUCCCCUCUUUCUCCCCGCGACGAGAAGGUCUGCUUGAUCCCGGCUGAUCGUUUCCUUUGAGAUGCUCCACAGCUCUUGCCUUCUCUCCACCCUCUUUUAACUAGAGACCGGUUAAUCUUGAGUGAACUGAACUUGGGUUUGGAAUCUAAAAGAAAGAGGAACACCCAAAGGGAUACGGCAGCGCGUCUUUGGAUAAGGACCUCUUUCCUCUUGUUGCACUUUGGGGAAGAUUUUUUCCCUUUCAGUUGGUUUUUGUUAAUCCAGGUGGUGCAGGAGGAUUAUUCCACUCGAGCUGGUGUUGAGAGACAUCCCCUAGAAGGCUAUUUUCAUGUUCUCCAUCCAGGACGGUCUCCCACGGGGAGCCUUGACCAUGAAAGAAGAGCCCCUUACGAGUGGCAUGACGCCGGUGCGCUCUUGGAUGCAGAGCGCGGGGAUACUGGAUGCCAACACAGCUGCGCAAAGUGGUGUGGGUUUGGCAAGAGCCCAUUAUGAGAAACAGCCUCCCUCGAACCUGCGCAAGUCAAACUUCUUUCACUUCGUUCUGGCCCUGUAUGACCGGCAGGGACAGCCUGUUGAGAUCGAGAGAACCUCCUACGUGGACUUUGUGGAAAAAGACAAAGAAUACAAUGGCGAGAAGACCAACAAUGGCAUCCACUACAGGUUACAGCUUCUCUACAGCAACGGUAUCAGGACAGAACAGGAUCUGUAUGUUCGAUUAAUAGACUCCAUGACUAAACAGGCAAUCCUUUAUGAAGGCCAAGACAAAAACCCAGAGAUGUGCCGUGUUCUCCUCACCCAUGAGAUCAUGUGCAGCCGGUGUUGUGACAAGAAGAGCUGCGGGAACCGAAACGAGACGCCAUCUGAUCCUGUCAUCAUCGACAGAUUUUUCCUGAAAUUCUUUCUCAAGUGUAAUCAGAACUGUUUGAAAAAUGCAGGGAAUCCCCGAGACAUGAGGCGAUUUCAGGUGGUGGUGUCCACAACAGUGAAUGUGGACGGCCAUGUGCUGGCCGUGUCAGAUAACAUGUUUGUCCACAACAACUCCAAACAUGGCCGGAGGGCGCGACGCCUGGACCCUUCUGAAGCAGCCACUCCAUGCAUUAAGGCCAUCAGUCCCAGUGAGGGAUGGACGACUGGGGGGGCCACCGUCAUCAUCAUUGGGGACAACUUCUUUGACGGUUUACAAGUGGUCUUCGGCACAAUGCUAGUUUGGAGUGAACUCAUCACACCUCACGCUAUCCGGGUGCAGACGCCCCCUAGACACAUCCCUGGGGUCGUGGAGGUCACACUCUCCUACAAGUCCAAGCAAUUCUGCAAAGGAGCUCCGGGACGUUUCGUCUACACAGCUCUGAACGAACCCACCAUAGACUACGGCUUCCAGAGGCUACAAAAGGUCAUCCCUCGUCACCCUGGAGACCCGGAGAGGUUACCUAAGGAGGUUCUUCUGAAAAGAGCCGCAGACCUGGUGGAGGCACUGUAUGGAAUGCCUCAUAACAAUCAGGAGAUCAUUUUAAAGCGUGCUGCAGACCUGACGGAGGCGUUGUACAGCGUGCCUCGGAGCCAUAACCAGUUGCCCUCGCUGACAGGCUCCGGCGCUCACUCGGGCAUGAUGGGAGUUAACUCUUUCAGCAGCCAGCUCGCCGUCAACAUCUCUGAGGCCUCACAGGGAGACCAAGGUUACUCUCGUAACUCAAACAGUGUGUCUCCUCGCGGGUACGUGCCGAGCUCCACACCCCAGCAGUCCAAUUACAACACCAUCACCUCCACCAUGAAUGGAUAUGGAGCCGGGAUGACCAACCUGGGCGUCCCUGGAUCCCCAAGUUUCCUCAACGGAUCCGCCGCCAACUCUCCUUACGCAAUCACCCCCUCCAGUCCUCUAUUGGAGCCUCAUGCUUCCUCUUCCUCCUCUUCUUCAUGCAUCCCUACUUCCAUCUCUCUGUCUGCGGGCCCUUUCUCAUUCUCUCCUGUCCAUAUGAUCUCUGCAGUCAAACAGAAGAGCGCCUUCGCGCCUGUCGUCCGGCCACAGACCUCCCCGCCCCCCACCUGCACCAGCACCAAUGGGAGCAGUCUACAGGCUAUGGCUGGUCUGAUUGUCCCUCCCAUGUGAAGAGGAACCUCUAAGGCUUCACUGAGCCCACAACAAACUCACUGGCUCACCAAAUCUGUCUGACACUCUCUUAUCGAACAUCACCAGUCCUACGAGGAGCUGCCCGAAAAGAACCUCUACACCUGGAUCGCUAAAAAAAAAAGAAAAAAAAGAAAAGUGUACCUGGCCUGCAAAUGUCCCAUGUCCUCAAAUGUCAAUAGAUGUGUUUGUUUUGCUCUCUAUGACUUCAUCCUUUGAGACUCGCCAUACCGGGUGGCAUAAAAGCUGGAUAUUAUCGCAAUGUGAAUGAGAAGCCAAGGUUUUGAUACGUUCACGGCCGUAGGGGCUUCUUUGCAUGGCUGAUGUUGUCUGUAGACUGUCCGUUUCAUACUGUAUAUCUGUCCUGUUUCCACUGUGAGAAGAGAGAUGCCACUCAUCCAGAUGGGACUGUGACGACUCAAAAUGCCAUUUGGAAACCACUCAUUCCUAAUUACGAAAUGCAACAUAAAGCUGAUGCAAUUUCCUUUCGCUUUUGUUUCAAACCAUCAAAUGAGAACACAAACAAAUGAUUCCAGACUGAAGAGCGCGAUAUUUAGUAAUCAUCAGGAUGAUGAUGGAUGUCAGUCAUUUUUACUCAUACUGUUUCUGUAGUUCCUGUAUAGUUCCAGGUGUGUGGAUAGGUAGAUUUAAGCCAGGAAUGCUUUCUGCAGUUUUAAUCACAUUUAGGUACCAGACUUAUUGUUGAACUUCUUAUUGUGCUUUUUUGUAUGUAUUUAUACAAGUUUGUUUGUUUUGGGAUUUCUUCGGUGAGUUAGGCCUGAAUAAUAGUAUCAAAUAUCUAUGUCAACACAUUUGAUGUCUUAAUACCUUUUAGAUAUUGUAAAAAGAGUGAAAAAUAAAAGCGAUUACAAUUUUUUUUGUAAAAACAAAAAUGACAAUGACAAGAAAAAAAAAAGAAAAAAAAAAAGGUCUGGACAUGACCAAGACACCUGUUUUUUAAAAGCAGGAUGCAAAGCUCCACCGCUUUUGUAAAAAAAAAAAAAAAAAAAGAAAAAAAAAACUUUUUUCAAUCGUAUAUUUAAUGUUUUCUUUUUGCAAAAAGCAUUUGUGUUCUUGUUCCCCCCUCUUGUCUCGUGUGUUCUCGUGAAACGUGUAUGAUCAUAGUUAUUUCCUAAUGCACUUUUUUUGUUGGGGCACUUACAAAAGCUAUGUAUGUUAGCAAGCAGAGCAAAAUAAUAAAAAAAAAAAAAAAAAAAAAAAUUGAAAACCUAUACAAAUAUGCACCAGUAUGUUUUCAGACGAGUUUCUUUUAAUUGAUUACUCUUUGCUUUGGUCAUGAUAACUGAAAUGGCUAAUCGUUCAUCAUGUGAUUUUUUUAAUGUUUCUAAAAUGUUUCCAUAAUACUUCUCUGUCCUUGUUUAUUUUACAUUAGAUAUGCAUUUUUUCGACAGAUAAAAAGUUAACAUUUCUAUCUAAUGUGCUGAUAAAUAUGCCACAUGUUGAAACGAAGCACAUUUUGACGUGGAAUCAUUCAUUGACGUCAGUGUUGCUGGAGAUGUUCUUAGCUGUUGCACACACAUGCACAAGUUAUGCAAUUUGUAUUCAAAUGCAACUCGCAAGUCACAUUUCGGUGGAUUAGCUGUGAAAUUAAUUAACGGAAGGAAAUAUAAGGAUGCCUUAAAAUAGGAUGUGCUCCAGGACAGUAUAUCUCAAAUAACAAAUAAACAAUAUUAAAAACUGUCUGAUACAAUGCAUUUAAAUACUUAUGAAACGGCAAUGUUUUAGGUCUUAGUAGGAAAAAGGUAGAAAAUUAUUGUGGAAAUAUGACUUCGGUAAUCAUUGUAUUGCAGGUUGUCAUCUUCACGAAGGAGGUUACUUAGUCAUGUUUGGUUUUGUUUCUGUUUGUGAUUAAAUACUAGAAACUGACCACUUGGAAAUAAUGUAAUUUUAAUAUUCCAGUUAUGAUUUUUCUCUAUUUUCCUGAAGUGAGUGAAGGUGUGUUUGCUAAGAUGAAAUGUGAAAGAAAUUGUGGUUUCUGAAGACCUCUUUUAAUUUUCCAGGUGACCUAAUUACUUUACAUUUGUCCUUUUGGGGUUUAGACAUAAAUGGGGUAAAGAAAAUACAAUUUGACAGUGCCCUAUUAUAUUAAAACAGCUGAAUUCAAUCUCAAAGUUCACUUGAAAACAUCUCAGAGAACCAGCUUGUCUGGAAACACACACACACACACACACGUCCAUCCAUUUCACCCAUGCAUUCAGUUUCCUAAUAGCUUGUGAAAGGUUUUUUUGUCAUAGAUGUAGAGAGCUGGCUUCUGCUUUCUUUUUUCAAAACCAGUUUUCUUUGGAAAUGUUAAACUCGAGGUGAAAUAGAGAAAGGUACUGCAUCUUUGUGAAAUAUGAAAUAUUAUAUCAAAAUAUAUCAAAGCACAAUGUUUAAUUAAUGUCUUUAGAAUUCAGACAGGGAGAUGUAUUCUACUUUCCUUUUUUUUCUCUCUGACCAUGCUGUAAAUAAAUGCAUGUUUUUCCUUCGUUUUUAUUUCAGUUUUUUUUCCUGUGAUCCCGUGCUUUUUGUACAGAAACUGAAAAUAAAGAUUACAUUUGGCUUGAAAA